AUGGCCGUUGUCGGAUUACUCAAUGUUGCACCUGUCUUUCGAGAUCCAUGGGAGAUUUCGGCCAAUUUCUUUUUCCAUCAUACUGGAGAUAGCAUUAACAUAACCUGUGAUGCUUACGGAAGGCCACCCCCCAAGAUAAAAUGGUAUAAAGACGACCAACUUAUGAGAUACACGGCAGACGGUGACCCAUUGUCAGAACAUACAAUGGUGUUAAAAUUUAAAGACUUAAAGAUGAAAGAUCAAGGAUAUUACAAGUGUUUCGUUUGGAACAGAGCUGGAAAUAUUUCGAAUACGAACCAAGUGGAAUUGGAAACAAUGAUGAUAACGACGCCAAUUCCUCUACCUUUGGAGAACAUAACUGUGUACGACGGUGACAACGCGACCAACACUUGUAAGGCUAUGUGUGACUGGCCUCCAUGGUUUGAAUGGUAUAUAUAUGUUGGCAAAGGUGGAAAUAAGCAACGGAAGUCUUUUAUACCAGAUUUGGACAAUGACGAAUACUUAUGGAUUGGCGAUACCGGUCGAUAUCUGGGUAUUAACUUCAGAAUUGAUAACGUGACUAAGGAAGACGAAAGAUAUUAUUACUGUGAGAUCGCACUUGAUGCAAAUGGCGAGAGUUAUAAAGAAUCAAUAUUUUUCUAUCUGCAUGUUUUACCAAAGCCAGUGACCACAUUACCCACAACAGCCAUAGCCAAAGAUUGCAGUGAGGUACAAAAUAAUGGCAAGAACGAAAGUGGAGUUUAUCAAAUUGAUCCUGAUGGUCAAGGAUCUUUUCAUGUCUACUGUGACAUGACUUCAUAUGGUGGUGGCUGGACUGUAUUUCAAAGACGCCUAGAUGGAAGUGUUGAUUUCUAUCGUGGGUGGAAUGACUAUAAACAAGGUUUUGGUAAUCUUAGUUCUGAAUUUUGGCUUGGAUUGGAUAAGAUAUAUCGACUAACUUCUGCAAAACGAAAUAAACUCCGUAUUGACUUGGAAGACACAUCAGGAAACCAAAAAUAUGCUGAGUAUGAUUAUUUUGCUGUAAAGAAUGAAAGUUUUUUUUUCACUUUAAUUCUUGGAACAUACUCAGGAAAUUCUGGGAAUUCAUUAACACCCAAGCAUAAUUACAUGAAGUUUACGACAAAAGAUGCGGAUCAUGAUACUUGUGGAGGAAACUGUGCUGUUGCUUCUAAUGGAGCUUGGUGGUAUAAUUGUUGUUAUGAUUCCAAUCUUAACGGCUACUAUUAUCAUGGCUUUCAUAAAGGGUAUAAAGGUGUGGUUUGGAGAAGUUGGAAAGGAAUGAAGUACUCUCUAAAAUCCACUGAAAUGAAAAUAAAACCAUAAUUACUUCAGCUCUUUUAUUAAUUUCAUGUAUGAAAUUCAUAAAAACAUACGUUGUUCAUUUUGUUAUAAACUUCUUAAAUAACAUUUACAUUUAUUAGUUUAAGACAGUGUUUAAAACGUCUUCUGUAGAAGUUAAUAAUGUAUUUACAAUUAUCAAAUAAGGACAUAUAAAUUCGCUCAGUC